UGGAAGCAGCUGCUUUGUGUUGGCAUGACAGCCGGGAAGCGAAAAGAAAACCAACACACGCUUUAAUCGUUUGCAAAACACACAGAGACGGGAGGCAUCCUGGCGUUUGCGUGUUUAGACGGCACUUACCUUCCGAAGCAGGAAAAUGAGUUCGUCCACAAAAUCGUGGAGGACUUGGAAAACUUUCUACAGGAAAACGACGAGAAAAGUGUGUUGCUUUUCCCUCCGCUCCCCAGUCGUCUUCGUUACCUGAUUCACAGAGCUGCAGAGAACUACGAGUCUUUAAGCACCUUUUCUGUCGGGGAGGGAUGGAGUCGUCGGUCGGCGGUCUGCCACUCUGAACUGAGGUUGCCCACCGAAGAUGACACUGAAGAACAAACCAAAUUAAACCACAAGCACAGGGAGGCCAGGGAGAUGCAACGCUUCAGCAACAGCAAGCCUUCGGAGAAAAGAAACUCAAGGGGCCGGACCAACAAGCGGCCCGAUAAAGCCAUCUACGUUCCCAAGGCGCUGCAGCAGAAGAUGGAGAAGGAAGGCGACAGAAUCGCGGACGACAGAAACAAAAUGGACAAGCCCCAGCUCGACACCUCCGAGAACAGCCCGAGCACCUCCGAGGAUUCUUUCACGUCGGGACUGUCCACUGAAACGGACGGGGAGUCUUCGACGUGGAACAAGGACUCUCCGAACAGCAGCGACUUCAAUCAAGACACGGUGUCGGACAGCACGGACGAGUCAGUCAGCGAGCAGGAGACCGCAGUGUCCGCACCCGCUGGCAGCAAUAGCAGCUGGAUGAAAAAGUACAGGCAGACGGCUAAUUACUUCAUUGACAUGUCUUUAGAUGAUAAACAGGAAGACCAUGACAGGAGCGCAGAUACAGCCUUGAAGCAUGCGGAGGACAGUGAGGAAGAUUACGAAGGCUAUUUUCUGAAAGAGAUCACAGCUAAUCUGAAAGAAGCAGACAAAGUCUCCAUUGAGCAUGCCCAGUGUGACUACUCUUGCUAUGGAAACCCAAGGAUUGAGCCAACUGAAUUUGGCCACGUCAUUGAAAUAUAUGACUUUCCAGCGGUGUUGAAAACCGAAGAUAUCCUGGAGGCGUUUGCAGAUUUCAGUGAAGGAGGAUUAAAAAUUAUGUGGGUGGACAACACUCAUGCCAUGGGAGUAUUUUCAAGUGAAUCAGCAGCAUUGCAGGCUCUCACCAUACAACACCCCCUGCUGAAGACGCGCUGUUUAUCCAAAGCAACCAAGCAAUCCAAAGGCAAAGCAUUAAGACGUGCAGAGUUCAUGCAGCCAGUGAAGCUGAGGCCGUGCACGGAUACAGUGGUGGCAAAAAGAAUGGUAACCAGAGCGCUGGGCUUGCAGAAAAGAGGCAACCGAAGACAGAUGCUCUGAGGCUUCAAGAACAUAGAAACCUGCAGUAAAGGACCAGGGAAGCAAAUGCAAGAGGAAACACCACCGGCAUGCGUGAAAUAGACAAUUUCAAGUUCAUGUAUUGUUUUUUGUUUUGGACAUACCAACAUCAGUUGUUUGGAGUGGGGUCAAUAAAUAAAGUUCCUUUAAAACUG